AUGUUUACUGAUCGGGCACAACGUUGGAUCAAUGAUGGGCGUAAAUGUUUACAAGUAGCUCUUGUUCCAUUCAUUCGACCAUUUUUUAAUGGUAAUUGUCAAGAGAUUCACGAUAUAACACUUGAUGCAUUUAAACCUUGCAAUAUGAAACCCUAUCCGGAAGAAGGAUCAAUCUGUAAAAUGACCAGAGGAGAUUGGUUACGAGCGUUUUGGAUGAUGAAAUCGGAAUAUAGUAUAUCAACACCGACAGCAGCCUAUGUUUGGUUACAAGAUGCACUCGAUACCUUUUAUGAAUGUCAAAAUAAUCCACCAGUGAAUGAUUUCGGACACGUUCAUCAAGAAUUUAAACUAAUAAUUGAUCUAAUUCAAACAUCUUGGAAUGAUCAAAUGAAUUUAAACAAAGAUCAGUUUGAUCAAAUUGCGGUCGAUAUUGCCCAUCGAAUUGCUAAGUCUCUAAUGGCACCACCAGAACGAUGGGGAUGUCAAUUUUAUCUACCUGUAUUAAUUGAAGAUCAAGUCUCUAUUGAUUGA